AUAACCUUUCACCCUCUUCAAAAGUGUCAUGAGGCUGGCGGGCUAGCUGCUACAUUUGUUUACACCGAAGACUAGAAUAAUUUGCUUAUCACACAUUGUGUUAACAAUUAAUUACGUCCGGACUUCUUUCUGUAGGGUAAGAUGUAAGAAAAGUAGCGAGCGUUAUUCAACAAAUCUCACUUAACGUUAGCUAGCUAACGUUAGCUUGCAGCUUAGAAUAAACAGCGUUUAGCCCGCGUUUUUAGCUAUUUUAGUGUUAGCAAUAUGUGCUAAUAUGUGCUAUUAACCUACUAUAUAAGUAGUUUAGAUAGCUAACUCAUCCAGUUUCACAAGUUAGUCGCCACACUUACUUUUAUAACCUCCAAUAGCCUUCUUUUGAUAAACAAGUGUUGUGUGUAACUAAUUUAAUUGGCUGGCUAACGUUAGCUCGCCAACGUUAACUAGCUACAGAGUCAUUGCAGAACGUGGAGAUGGGGUUGGACAGGCUAAAUUGAGCUUGCUAGUUGGCUACUCUGUUUGCAAUAUAAUCAACUCCGUUUAUGUCCGUACUGCUUUUCAUCUGUCGUAUAGUUUGUAAGUUAGGGGACAUGUCUGUCCGUAAAGUUGCACCUGCGGUGACAGUCUGGUUUGUUUGUGGUUGGAUUUUGACCACGGCUGACGUCACAGUGGUGCUGAAAUGUUAUUUUCAUCUUCUCAUGCGAAUCUCAUCAGUCCCACAGUGUCAAACAUGCCGUCCACCUUGGGACCCAGCAGUCCUGCUGCUGCCCUUGCGGAAGCGCUGGAGAGCUCCGGCCGGCUCAUAGACAGACACCUUCAGGAUGACCGCUGCUUCCCUGAUCUCUCAGAGCUUCUUAAUGUCCCCUCACACAACAUGCCAUCUUUGUCUGGGGGGUCGGACAUGGACUACCCUCUUCAGGGACCUGGGCUGAUCAGUGUGCCAAACCUCCCUGAACUCAGUGCAGUCCGAAGGGUUCCCCUACCCCCUGAGCUGGUGGAGCAAUUCAGCCAUAUGCAGUGCAAUUGUAUGAUGGGAGUUUUUCCUGAAAUCUGUCGAGCAUGGCUCACCAUUGACAACGAUAUCUUCAUGUGGAAUUAUGAGGAUGGGGGGGACGUUGCAUAUUUUGACGGGCUCAGUGAAACCAUCCUGUCCGUGGGGCUGGUCAAACCUAAAGCAGGGAUUUUCCAGCCACACAUCCACUUCCUGUUGGUCCUAGCCACUCCUGUGGAUGUAGUGAUCCUGGGGCUCAGCUUUCCUAAAGCUCAGGCAGGGUUGAAUGACAGCAUGUCUGGAGGGAUGCAGUUACUACCAGACCCGCUGUACUCCAUCCCCACAGACAACACCUACCUCCUGGCCAUCACUUCCACCGACCUGGGCCGCAUCUUCCUGGCAGGGAAAGAUGGCUGCCUGUAUGAGGUAGCCUACCAGGCCGAGGCAGGCUGGUUCAGCCAACGCUGUAAGAAGAUUAACCACUCCAAAAGCAGCCUGUCCUUCCUAGUCCCCUCUCUGCUCCAGUUCUCCUUCUCUGAGGACGACCCGGUAGUGCAGAUUGCCAUUGACAACUCCCGUAACAUACUCUUCACCCGCUCAGAGAAGGGGGUUCUACAGGUGUAUGAUCUGGGUGUGGAUGGGCAGGGUAUGAGCCGUGUGGCGGCCAUGUCACAGAGUUCCAUCGUGGCUGCAGCAGGAAACGUUGCCAGGACCAUAGAUCGCUCUGUGUUUAAACCCAUCAUACAGAUCUCUGUGAUAGACAGAUCGGAGUCGUCCGACUGCCACCUGCUGGCUGUCACUCAUGCAGGAGUGCGUCUCUACUUCAGCACUGCUCCCUUUGCCCCACCACAUGUCAAGCAGCCAGGGGCACGCCCUUGUCUGCUUGCUCUGGUCCAUGUCCGCCUGCCUCCAGGCUUCUCUGCCUCCUCCACCCUGCAGAAGCCUGCCAAGGUCCACAAGGCUCUGCACAGCAAAGGAGUUCUCCUGAUGGCAGCGUCUGAGACUGAGGACAGUGACAUCCUGUGGUGCAUCAACCAUGACUCCUUCCCCUUUAAGAAACCCCUGAUGGAGGCUCAGAUGAUGUCCAAUGUAGAUGGCCACUCCUGGGCACUUUGUGCCAUCAAGGAGGAGAAGGCACCUAAAAUCUCUACCCCCCUGAAUAAGGAUCAGGUUCCCCUCACUGACUCUCCUGUCGUGGUGCAGCAACACAAUGUCCCUCCGCAGAAAUUUGUCCUUCUCUCUGCCAAGGGAAGUCACAUCUUCCACAAGUUGCGGCCGGUGGACCAGCUGCGCCACCUACUGGUGAGCGGUACUGGUGGCGAGAGUGAAGAAGUCGAACGCUUCUUCAAACUGCACAGGGAGGAGCAGGCGUGUGCCACUGCUCUGAUAGUAGCCUGUUCCAGUGCUGCCUGCGACAGAGAGGUGUCUCAGUGGGCCACCAGAGCCUUCUUUAGGUAUGGAGGAGAGGCUCAGAUGAGGUUCCCCUCGGCUCAUUCUGCUCCUAGCAACGUCGGAGCGCUGUUCGGCUCUCCUGUACCAGGGUCCCCUAUGCCGGUUGGUAGCAGUCCAAUGCCUAACCCUAGUUUCUUAGCAACGCCUGUUCCAGGUAUGAUGCCCCAGAGUGUGUCUACGCCCUAUAUACCCGCCACGCCCAUGCCCUCCGCCCCCAUCACUGGCAUGUCUUCUGGGCCAGAGGUGGUCUUCUCAGGGAAACACAAUGGCAUCAGUGUCUACUUCGCACGCAUAAUGGGUAAUAUCUGGGACGGGAGUCUUGCUGUUGAGAAGACCAUCAGUAAAGGAAAUCAGGCUGUCAGUAUUUUGGAGAGCACAGCCAGCUCAUCUGAUCUGGAGUCAGUUCUUCUGGAGCUCCGUGGUCUGAAGGACUUCCUGGAUAAGAACUCCCAGUUCAGCCCCUCGUCUCUGGGGGCAGCCAGUUUCAGCUCUCCAGCCAAUCUGCAGCAGCGUCUGCUGGGCUUCAUGCGGCCUGAUGGAGGAGCCAGUUCUCAGCAGGUCCAGCAGGAACUCCAGAGGAAGUACCACACCGAGGCUCAGGCCUAUGAGAAGAUGUCCCUGCAGGGUAUCCAGCAGCUGGUGCAUCGCUCCUGUCAGACCCUGGCCCUGUGGAAGCUGCUGUGUGACCACCAGUUCAGCAUCAUCAUCUCUGAACUACCCAUGGAGUUCCAGGACCAGAUAAAGGGGGUGAGUUUUAAGGACGUGGUGAUCCGGGGUCGAGAGCUGACCGGAGCUCUGAUCACAGCCCUCAUCAACGUCUACAUCAAAGACUCCGCCUCUGUAGAUGCCAUCAGCACCCACCUUAGAGACAUCUGUCCUUUGCUGUACAGCAGCGACGACAGCGUCUGCUCAAAGGCUAAUGAGUUGCUGCAGGGCUCCAGACAGAUCCAGACUAAGAUCGAUAAGGAGAGAACACUGAGAGAGUCACUACAACUCUACCAGCUGAUCAGCCAACACACAGACCUGCCACUGGUCUGCUCCCAGUACAGACAGGUGCGUUUUUAUGAGGGGGUGCUUGAGCUGUGCCUGACUGCAGCAGAUAAGAAGGAUCCUCAGAGGCUGGGACCUCACUUCUAUAAGAACGGAGAACCAGAGGAGGACCAGGCUGGAGCACUGGCCUUCCAGGAGAGGUUGUCAUGCUAUAAGUGCAUCACAGACACCAUGCAGGAGCUGGUGAACCAGAGUAAAGCUGCUCCUCAGUCUCCCAGUGUCCCUAAGCAGCCAGGACCCCCUGUUAUGACCUCUGACCCCAACAUGCUGAGUAAUGAGGAUGCCACCGCCCACUUUGAGCAGGUCAUUGGUCUGGCCCAGAGGUCACAGGAUGAACUCUUCCACAUAGCCCUCUACAACUGGCUGAUACAGGCUGACCUCACCGACAAGCUUCUGGAGGUGAACUCUCCAUACCUGGAGGAACACCUGAUGCACAUGAUCAAGCAGGACCAGAGUAAGGUGCGGAACAUGGACCUGCUGUGGCGGUACUAUGAGAAGAGCCGUAGCUUUGGCAAGGCAGCUCACGUCCUGGCCAGGCUCGCGGACAUGCACAGUACUGAGAUCUCCCUGAAGCAGAGGCUGGAGUACAUUUCCAGGGCCAUCCUGUCAGCCAAGAGCUCCUCUUGCAUCUCUGCUCAAGGAGCCGAAGGGGAGUUCCUGCAUGAGCUGGAGGAGAAGAUGGAGGUGGUGCGUAUUCAGGUCCAGAUCCAGGAGACUCUGAGCAGACGUUACUCCCAGCAUCCCUCUGUACAGGGAGCCAUGUCACAACUGGAUUCCGAGCUUAUGGACAUCACCAAGCUGUAUGGGGAGUUUGCAGAUCACUUCCGGUUGUCUGAAUGCAAAUUGGCCAUCAUCCACUGUGCUGGUCACUCUGACCCCAUCCUGGUGCACUCUCUGUGGCAGGAGAUCAUGGAAAAAGAGCUGGGUGACAGUGUGGCCAUGAGUCCAGCUGACAGGAUGAGAGCUCUGAGUCUCAAACUGGUGUCUCUGGGGAAAAUCUACGCAGGAACACCCAGAUACUUUCCUCUAGAAUUCCUGGUGAAGUUUUUGGAGCAGGAGGUGUGUCAUCUGAAUUGGGACGUGGGCUUUGUCACCUUCACCAUGCAGGAGAUAGGAGUACAGCUCCCCCGUCUGCUGGAGGUCUACGACCAACUUUUCAAGACACGGGAUCCGUGUUGGCAGCGUCUGAAGAAACCUCUCCACCUGGUAGAGUGUAUACAUGUGCUGCUGUCAGGAUACGUAGAGGACCCCAGCAGAGUACCAACAUAUGACCGACGGCGGUUCACUAAUGUGUGUCUGGAUAACAUCUGUGGUUACCUGGUGGAGCUGCAGUCCCUGAGUCCUAACUCUACCCUGCGGCUCACCAUCGGCAACUUCAAGGCCCUGCAGGCCAAGCUGGAGAAAGUUCACUGAGGAGGUUCCCAGGGGUCACAGGAAGAUCAGCAAGUAAAGAGACAGAAUGAAACUGGUUUACAGUUCUGAAUAACAUGACUCUUCUGUAUAUCUCCUGUUCUGGCUGGUGUUUGAUAGUGGAGUGAUAUUGAGAAUACAGUUAGGUUUCUCAGACUGCAGUUGCGUCGCAAAGGACUACACCCCCGCAUUUCUCAUGAAGGGGUUAUUGACCAGCUCACUACACCCCUGUCUUCAGACUUUUUACAUCCUAUUUUUAACUUAUUUUCUAAGUACAGUAUGCAUUUGUUUUGUGAUAUAAGCCUAGAAGUGAAGACAACUUAUUGGUGGCUGUCUGAGGGAAUAGUAUUGGUUUCACAAAUUAAUGUUAGGCAAACAUGAACUGUUGUCAUACACAGAAUUAGGGGACAAUACUUUACAGGGAUGGGAUCGUCAUUUACAUAUGGAGUUACUGUACUUAUGUGGGUAAAAUAUAUAGAAUGUACGUAUGUAGAGGAGAAAUGCACUUACAUGAUUGCUGUGAUGGUUUUGUCAUUUGUUUAAACUUGAAUCCACAUGCUGGAUAUCACGCUGAUAUCAUUCAUGAGUGUCUUUCCUUCUACAUGCCUGCCAUGAUUCAGGCCUAAGUAUUUGUUCCAUGGACAUUAGCCUCUGAUGCGAGCUGAGGACGCUGUCUUAAUCACUCCACUCAUUUAAACCCAGUUUAAUCCCCCCCACAGUUUAGAUGUCAAGAAGACUGUUAAGCUGACAGUGUUUGGCUUUCUGUACCAAUCAACCUCCGUAAUACAGAGUAAAAUAUUGGUACUCCUAACAUUAUGCUAAGAAUGCAUUCUCUGCCAAAGGUUUAUAAUAACUUAACCUUACUUUUACAUGUUUUGUUAGUAUUUCUUAUUUUUCUGAAUGACUUAACACCUUAAUCAGUGUGUCUGCUUUUGGCUGACUAGUUAAAUGGCAUUUAAUUGACUGUAUGAGUGUUGUACUCAACUGAGAUUUCAGGGAUGAGACAGAAAUCCUCGAUCCAUGCCUUGUAUAAGGGUGCUGUUCAAGUAGUUUUACUCUGAGAACUCAGGCCUGCAAUGAGCAAUUUUAUAAAAUAAGCCAAUUUUACAUACAUAGAAUAAUUUAAAUUCGUCAUAGUUUUUUGGUUUAAGAUUGUAUUGGAAAAAAUGUAUAAUAAAAUUUGCAACCUGUUCAGUAAAUAAAAAAUAAACACUGAUUUGAA